AUGUUUAGUCCUGACUCUGGGACCAGCUGGAGCCCAGUCCCAGUGCUCUCAGAGUCCCAGCAGGAGGCAGUCCCUGUGCUCCUCAGAGUCCCAGCAGGAGGCCAGUCCUGUGCUCCUCAGAGUCCCAGCCAGGAGGCCCAGCCCCUGUGCUCCUCUAGUUUUCCCCGCAGGAGCCAGUCCCUGUGCUCCUCAGAGCCAGCAGGAGACCUGUCCCUGUGCUCCUCAGUCCCAGCAGGAGACCAGUCCCUGUGCUACCUCCAGUCCCAGCAGGAGGCCAGUCCUGUGUCCUCAGAGUCCAGCAGGAGGCCAGUCCCUGUGCUCCUCAGUCCAGCAGGAGGCCAGUCCUGUGUCCUCAGAGUCCCAGCAGGAGCCAUCCUGUUGCUACCUCAGAGUCUUAGCAGGAGGCCAGUCCCUGUGCUCCUCAGAGUCCCCGCAGGAGACCCAUCCCAGCAGGUGAGGGCCAGUCCCUGUGCUCAGCAGAGUCCAGCAGGAGGCAGUCUGUGCUCCUCAGUCUUAGCAGGAGGCCAGUCCCUGUGCUCCUCAGAGUCCCAGCAGGAGCUCGUCCCUGUGCUCCUCAGAGUUCUUAGCAGGAGGCCAGUCCCUUGCUCUCUCAGAGUCUUAGCAGGAGGCCAGUCCCUGUGCUCCUCAGUCAGCAGGGAGGGCCAGUCCUGUGUCCUCAGUCUUAGCAGCCGAGGCCAGUCCACUGUGCCUCCUCAGAGUCCCAGCAGGAGGCCAGUCUCCCUGUGCCCUCAGAGUCCAGCAGGAGGCCAGUCCCUGUGCUCCUCAGGUCACAGCAGGGAGGCCAGUUCCCUGUGCUCCUCAGAGUUCCACGUGGUUCUUGUAGCCAUUAACAUUUGGUGCGAGACUUUAAGAGUGUGGUCUUCUAUUUUCAAAGCUCAAGUAAAAAUCUAA